AUUCAUCAGUCAAGUGAUUGCAAAAUCUUUGUUUACGUUUUACUUCACACCAUCCGGUAAAUAGUUUUCUAAUCUUGUCCUUAUAAAUAUCAAACUAUGAUGCAAAUAAAAACAUUGUUGAGCACUGCUCUUCGUGCUAGUCGAGCUCUUCACACAAGUAAUAGAAAUUUGCUCAAUUUGGUUCCUAUAGUAGUAGAGCAAACAGGUCGUGGAGAACGAGCCUACGAUAUAUUUUCUCGUUUACUUAAGGAGCGAAUUAUUUGCCUAAUGGGUCCAAUUCACGAUGACCUCAGUUCACUUAUAGUAGCUCAACUACUUUUCCUUCAAUCGGAAAACGGUACGAAACCUAUACAUAUGUAUAUCAAUUCACCGGGUGGAAGUGUAACAGCAGGAUUGGCUAUUUACGAUACCAUGCAAUACGUGAAGCCUCCAGUUGCUACAUGGUGUGUCGGUCAAGCUUGUUCCAUGGGAUCAUUACUACUAGCAGCAGGCGCUGCCGGCAUGCGUCACUCACUUCCAAAUGCACGGAUCAUGAUUCAUCAAGUUUCCGGUGGAGCUACCGGUCAAGCAACUGACAUUCAAAUUCAAGCUGAAGAAAUACUGAAACUCAAAGGAAAGCUUACGGGUAUCUAUGCCAAACACACAAAAACAGCUGCAGAUAUUCUAUUUUCCAAAAUGGAACGAGACACGUUUCUUAGUCCUGAGGAAGCACAAGCCCUUGGGAUCAUAGAUACCGUUCUGGAACAUCCACCUUCCUCUACAGAAGAAAGCUCGUGACCUACAAAUGUUUGAGCAUGUUGCACAUUUUGACUAAGUAAGAGUUUUAUUGUACGCGCAUUUGAUUCCACAAUAAAAGCUAGUAGAGUCUCUUGAUUCCAA